AUGGCAAGCGUAGAACGUUCCACCAACCUCUACACGCUCGGCAAGGAGACGGCCCACAUGGCCGGCUGGGAGGAGUCGGCCAAGAGGUGGGGCAUGAUGAGCCCCCUCGUGCUCAGCUGUCUACGGAAGGCGUUCCUGGGGAUGGGCUUCACCUUCAUGACCGCCAGCGCCUUCACCCUGGCCAAGACCAUGCGGGACUUGCAGGAGGCCAACAGCGUGAAGCACCUCGUCGACGCCGGCAUCAUCAAGACCCAGGGUGGGCCGGAGGUGGGCGAGACGAUCGUGUCCAGCAUUGGAGGCAGCGCCGGGUGGGUGCUGCAUUCGUGGCUGGCGUUUGGCGCCUCGAUCUCGCUGACUGCCUGGGGUCUGCUCAAUCUGCCCAUCGCCGAUGAACGCAAGGUGUUCCUGGCCACCAGCGGCCUGCUUCUUCUCACCUCCACCAUGAACCUGGUCAAGGCUGUGAGGGACCGCAUCGAUGCCAGGAGGUUGUCGGCGCUUCUCGAAGACAAGCAGCACCUGCAGGAGAAGGGCAAGGAGAGGGACAGGGAGAUGGAUGAGGUCAUCGAGAUCGACAGGUCGACCAGCUCCCUGGAGACCUUUUAG